UCCGUUGGUCACACUGUGUGUGACAUUGAGUUGACAUUUUGCUUUAGUUUUAAUUAUAAUUACAAUUUAUCCGCCAAGUAAGUGACCCCGAAAAAGCCACAGAGUUCCGCACGGUGCAGCUGUGCGCGCCACUCCAACGACAAGGCCCUUGGAGAAUGAGCGGCUGCAGCGGAUUCUAGGGACACUUCUAGCGUGUGGUGAAUAGGUGAUCCGACGAGCAGUGCGAUUGGGGAUAUUGGGGGGCAACGCCAAAGCCGAAGCCACCACCUCCUCCUCCAUCUACCCCUGCACCACCGAAGAGACACCACAACAAACGAUCCGAUCCGACAUUAUACAAACUGACGGGGAAAGGAGCCACUUCCACAGCCGUCAUGCGUUCACGGAGCAAUUCGGGCGUCCGCCUGGACUACUAUCAGCGUAUCGUUCACCGGUUGAUUUUGGCCCACCAGGAGCCCGUCACCGGCCUCUUUCCCGCCUCCAAUGUAAACUCGCACGCCUGGAUUCGUGACAAUGUCUAUUGCAUCCUGGCCGUCUGGGGUCUCUCGAUGGCCUACAAGAAGAUUGCCGAUCAGGACGAGGAUCGUGCAAAGUGUUACGAGCUUGAACAGAGCUGUGUGAAGCUGAUGCGUGGCCUUCUAAUGGCCAUGAUGAACCAAAAGGACAAGGUGGAGAAGUUCAAGAUGACGCAAAGUCCCUAUGAUUCCCUCCAUGCCAAGUAUUCGAGCAAGAACGGCCUGCCCGUUGUGGGGGACAAUGAGUGGGGCCAUCUGCAGAUCGAUGCUGUGUCGCUGUAUCUACUUAUCCUGGCCCAGAUGACGGCCUCUGGGUUACAGAUUGUCUUCUCCUUGGAUGAGGUAUCCUUCAUCCAGAAUCUAGUGUUUUACAUUGAGUCGGCGUACUCCAUUCCGGAUUAUGGUAUCUGGGAGCGUGGCGACAAGACCAACCAUGGUGAACCGGAGCUGAAUGCCAGCUCCAUUGGUAUGGCCAAGGCUGCUCUGGAGGCCAUGAACGAGCUGGAUCUGUUCGGAGCUCGCGGCGGCCCGGCCAGUGUCAUUCAUGUCCUGGCCGACGAGGCGCACAAAUGCCAGGCGGUGCUUCAGUCAAUGCUACCGCGUGAAUCCAACAGCAAGGAAUUGGAUUCUGGCUUGCUCUGCGUCAUUGGCUUCCCAGCGUUUGCCGUGGACGAUGCCCAGCUUAUACACAACACGAAGGAUGCCAUCCUGUCCCGAUUGCAGGGCAAAUAUGGCUGCAAGAGGUUCCUACGCGACGGAUACCGCACCCCAAAGGAGGAUCCAUCGCGGCUCUACUACGAACGCUGGGAGCUGCGCAUGUUCGAGAACAUUGAAUGCGAAUGGCCGCUGUUCUACUGCUACCUGAUUCUGUUCCAUGCCUUCCAGAGUGACAAGCGCUCGGUGCAGGAGUAUGCCGAUCGUCUGGAGAAGAUAAUGGUGCGCUCGGAGGAUGGCAUACUGCUCGUACCCGAAAGCUAUGCUGUGCCGCAAGAUCUGGUUGGAUUCGAGUACCAGAAGCCGGGCUCACAGGCCCGUGAAGUGGUUGGCCGGUGUCCAUUCCUUUGGGGACAGUCACUCUUCAUUCUCGGCCGGCUGCUGCAAGAGGGUUUCCUAGCCGUUGGCGAGUUGGAUCCGCUCAAUCGGCGUCUGGGUGCGCAAAAGAAACCCGACGUUGUCGUCCAGGUGGUGAUCAUAGCCGAGGAUAAUGAGAUUCGGGACAAGCUGGCCGAGCACGAUCUGCAUGUCCAGACAAUAGCCGAGGUGGCACCCAUUGAGGUGCAGCCAGCCCGCGUUCUAAGCCAUUUGUACACGUACCUUGGGCGCAACCGGAAGCUGGGAUUAAGUGGCAGGAAAUCGCGCGACGUGGGCAUUCUUAGUACCAGUAAGCUGUACUCUCUAAAGGAUCGCAUAUUUGCGUUUACGCCUCAGCAUAUCGACUAUGAAGAAUAUUAUACAACACGCGAUCCCGAUUUGCUUGCCAGCAAUUUUACCACAAAUUUAGCAUUCUUGACCAACAAUUGGCGUCACAUGUUGGGCAGGCCGACAAUCACACUAAUGGCAACCCACUAUAUGCUAGAUCAGGACAAGAUACCGCUGGCCAUGAUCCAGACAAUGAGGAAACUCAAGUCGGGCUACAUCAAUGGCACACGUGUGAUGCUGGGCAGCCUGAAGGACUUCCUCAAUACCUCCGCCAUCACGGACCUGAGCUUCUUGGGCAGCACAGAGGAUGGCUAUCCGGAUCGCCUGCAUCCCGAUGUGCAGACCUAUCUGGAUGAGCAUCUGCUCAGGUCGUUUAGCAAUCGCAGCACCAUGAAUCUGCGGGGCGGACAACUGCGUCCCAGGACCCUAAGGCGACGCAUGUCCUGCAAGGGAGCAAUCAAGAAGACGCGCUCCAUCAAUGUGGAUUCUGAUAACCUGGGAAUGGAGGGACCCUCUCCACUCACCGAACGCCGCCUGUCCUCGAUUGUUCCACCACCGUGGCUGCAGCCAAAUAAGCAGAGCCAUGUCAGUGUCUUUGCCACAACACCGGAGGAGGGACCCAGUUCGCCAAGGCAGCUGGGCCACGAGCUAUCCGUCCGGGAGAACAUAUAUCCCGUAGAUCCGCAUAACAGUACAAGAUCGGCGAUCGACAGGCGUAGCGAGUUUGUUCGCCAGCAAGAGAUAACAGUGCCAAAAAUUCUCAUCCAACGCCAUCGUGCCGACACAAACUUUGCGGACACAGAGGUCGAGGAGCUGAUUGCAAUGCUACGCGAAACGGAGAAUCUCGAGGAGCAGGGCGACAUCCUGCAGUACCUGGUGGAUACCCAGGGUCUGGACUUUAAUACGGAGCUCGACCAAGCGUUUAUGGAUGAAGUGGUGCUGGAACUGGCGGCUGGUGGUGGUGGUGGUGCUGCUAGUGGUUCAGGUGCAGGUGCUUCUUGUGCUCCUGGUGCUGAUGAUCAGCAGGCCAAGCACAAGCCGGCGAUUACUCUGCCCACGGUGAUCAUCGAUGCUGCUACAAUUCCAGCUGCGCUUAGCUCCGAACCGGAUAAUGCCAACACUAGCCACACCAGCGGCAGCAGCAGCAGCAACAGCGGCAGCAACCACCACAACAGCAGCAACAUCAACAGCCACAAUCCACCAAUUGAAAAUAACAACGAUUCUUCCCAAUCCGAAGGCAUGCUGGAGGAGGGACGUGUGGUCACUGUGCGGGACCUGCUCAAGGGACUGUACGAGAAGGCCUGCCAGCAGAAGCUCUGGGGAUUGGUCCGGCACACGGCCGGUAUGCUGGGCAAGCGUGUGGAGGAUCUGGCCAAGGCGGUAACGGAUCUAUUGGUGCGUCAGAAGCAGGUGACCGUCGGCAUGCCGCCCAAUAAUGAGCACACCAUUACGGCACCGCUGCCGGAAGUUGAGCUGCGACAGCUAAUCCAUGAUGCCUAUGGCGACGAUGAGAGUACAGCUAUGCUGACACAGGAGCUAAUGGUCUAUCUGGCCAUGUUUAUUCGCACGGAGCCGCAGCUGUUCCACGAAAUGCUGCGCCUGCGCGUGGGCCUUAUCAUUCAGGUAAUGGCCAAGGAGCUGUCGCGCACACUCAAUUGCGAUGGCGAGGCGGCGUCGGAGCAUUUACUUAACCUCUCGCCAUUCGAGAUGAAGAAUCUCCUGUACCACAUACUCAGCGGAAAGGAGUUUGCUGUCAGCAGCGUGGCUCGUGGCAAUCUAUCCAUUGUUAGCUGCAAGAGCAGCCGCGUCAGCAAGAAGAGUCAAAUCGGUUUGGGUGACCCGGAGGGUGAGGAUGCCCUUAUAGCCACCAUUGACGACAGGCAGGGACAGUGGCUGCGUCGCCGUCGCCUGGAUGGUGCCCUGAAUCGUGUGCCCCGUGAUUUCUACUCCCGCGUCUGGACGGUUUUGGAGAAAUGCCAAGGUCUGGCCAUCGAGGGACGUGUCCUGCAGCAGAGUCUCACCCAGGAGAUGACACCGGGUGAACUGAAGUUUGCCCUGGAAGUGGAGACAGCACUCAACCAAAUACCCCAGCCCGAGUACAGGCAAUUGGUGGUCGAGGCCCUUAUGGUGUUGACCCUCGUUACCGAGCAUAAUAUGGUGCCCACACUCGGUGGAAUUAUCUAUGUGGAGCAUCUAGUGCACAAGGCCAAUCAAUUGUUCCUCGAGGAUCAGCGAAAGGUGCAGGGCGAUGCCACCCUAUGUUGUGCCAAGAUUAAGGACGGCAAGGAGCAGCAGCAGGCCGCCUCUGGAAUGCUACUUUGCGGCGGAGCCGCUUACAUCUGUCAGCACUUGUACGAUAGUGCUCCCAGCGGCAGCUAUGGAACCAUGACAUACAUGUCCCGAGCAGUGGCCCUCGUCCUAGACUGUGUGCCCAAGCACGGUGAGAUGGAGUGUGCCAUUUCCUAAAGCGGAUGAGCUGUAUCCACUUAAACAAUGCCAAUCUCUUUUGCAACUUUGGAAACACGUCCGUUCUCGAUCGCUCGCCGUUACUCUCUCUCUUUCGUUACCGUGCGCUUUAUUGUUAUUCUCUCUCUCCCUCUCAUUCUCUCUGACCCCCCUCCGCCGCCUGUAUAUAUAUAUAUAUAUAUAUAUAUAUAUAUAUAUAUUAUGUUCCAAAUCACAUUUGGUUAGUGUGUUGUUUUGUUUUUUUUUUUACGUAUUAUCCAUUCGAACCUCGAACCCUAACCGAAUUAGUAAGUCAACGCGCGCAGCGACGACAACACUUUUGAUUGUUUUAACUUUUAUAUAUUAAUUAUAAAAGCUACUAUUUUAUAUUAUAACGUUUGGACUGUGAAGUUGAACGAACGCGCAGCAAUAUUUACAAUAAAAUGUGUUUGCAAUGUU